ACGUACGCCCAGCACGACGCCGUCGCCUCCACCCGCACUCCCUCCAUUUCCAAGCUCCAACCACCAGCUCAGCUUUGCACGGCGUCUUCACAUGGGCUCGUACGCCUCGCCUCGUCAGCCGGACGCACCGCAGCGACAGGCCGCCACUGACUACACGUAAUCCUUCCACUAGCUGCCUCUUUUCUAAUCGGCGGCCGUGGCGUCUGAGCCCUGGAUCAGCUACAGACUCUCGUGCGCUCCGGUCACCCGUCGGCGAAAAGCUCGCACGGCGUCCGAUCGGAACCUCAAAAGCGAUGACCGGCCGCGCGCACAUGCUGGCAUGCAUCCAUGUCCAGGAUAUGCAAGGAUCAUCCCAUCCCAUGUCCCACGUCCAUGGCGUUGCCUUUUUGGUGCGUGUAUAUUAACCCACGGGGUGUUCCUGCGGUUAUCUGCACACUGAUCUCUCGAGCUCACGUCCAGCUCAGGCUCUGAGUUGGUGUUCCAGGCGAAUAGCUAGCUUGGCACAAUCAUCCGAUGGCGGACAUGCAGAUUGUCCUGGCCGGGAGGAAGAUCGAGGCGCAGUAUGUGGAGAUGAAGGUGCCGCUCUACUCCUACGGCUGCGAGAAGAAGAUCAAGAAGGCGCUGUCACAUCUCAAAGGUAUACAUUCGGUUCAGGUAGACUACCACCAGCAGAAGGUGACGGUGUGGGGGAUCUGCAACCGCGACGACGUGCUCGCCGCCGUCCGGAAGAAGCGCCGAGACGCGCGGUUCUGGAACGGCGACGAACUGGGCCUAGGCGAGCAUGUGCCGCCGACACCCGGAGAAGCUCCCAAGCAGUACCUGGCUGCCUUCACCGCGUACAGGUUGAGGAAGUCGUGGAAGAAGCUUUUCCCGCUGAUCCGCCUCUGAAUCUGACCGUAGCUUUUUGAUUGACAAGUGAGUACUGUGCUUCUUGAGAACGUCUCAGGAACCGCGAAAUGGGUUGUAACUUAACAGUAGUGCGUGCAUGUUGAUAGCGAAUAAACGUUCUCUGUUAUUGACUCGCGAGAUAACAUUGACGUGCCGCUUGCACAGAUCAAUGAAGCUCGAGUAGGCACACUAUGUCAGGUUCAGGAAGAAAAGACGCGCAAGGCGGGGUAAUCUCUGAAGAAUGGGCGCGGCUCUCUAUUGCCGGUUGGUCUACAGUGGCACGGGGUGCCGUCAUAUGAGUAGUUACGGCCGUCAGUCUAACUUUGAGUUGUUGCUUAGCUUUAAGUCGGUUCGAUUGGGAUGUUAUAAGUCCGUUAGCUGUUCUGUUAGCCGGCUGUAAAAGGCGCCACCCUGUAAUUGAAUCGGUAUCGAUUGAAUGAAUACAGAACUCUGUUCCUGAGCUC